GGCCAAAUGCUGGUGGUCACCCAUACAACUGGGCAAACUUUACUGCACUGUAGUAAAGUUGACCAAGACCGAGGCCACUGUUUAGUAGCAGGAGGAGAAGAUAGGAAAAAGCAAACCCUAGAUAGAUUCACAUUUUUGCGGUUUCACCUGGGGGUUGUAUGUCUCUUUCGCCGCUCUGUACGUGGAAACUUGUUAUAAAAAUCCACUUUCGUAGGCUGGAAUCUACAACAUUAACGUGAAGAUGGGGUUAUUCCUCUGAGCAAGGCUUAAUUCGUGGAUUUGGGAUGAUGGCUUUGUAGCACCCUAGGUUCCAGUAAAUACCUCAAAGAAAUUAUUUGGAACGUGCUCAGUGUCAGUGGAGAACCAGCUAACCAUGGGUCCCCUCACUACACCUAAAAAGGGAAGGGAAGUAGGUUCUGUUGAUCCCUGGACACCAACGUCCAACCUUAAAAUGCUCAUUAGUGCUGCUAGUCCUGACAUCAGGAACCGAGAGAAGGAGCUGUGCAUGGACAAUGACGGACGGGAAGGUCUUGACCCUACCCAGGAUGUUGAAAAUGGAGAAGAUUCAGAGAGAAUGAUCAGCAGAAAAGAAAAGAGUCUGGGUUUGCUGUGUCACAAGUUCCUCGCCCGCUACCCAGAUUACCCAGACACUGCCCUCAACAAUGACAUCUGUCUGGAUGAUGUAGCCACUGAGCUCAAUGUGGAGCGCCGGCGCAUCUACGACAUCAUGAAUGUGCUGGAGAGCCUGCACAUGGUGAGCCGCUCCGCAAAGAACCGCUACACGUGGCACGGCCGGUCCAAACUGGCCCAGACUCUGGCCAUUCUAAAGCGCGUGGGUGAGGCACAGCGGUACGGUCAGCAGAUGCAGCAGAUCCGGCAACGUCUCCUGGAAAAGGAGUUCGACUUUGACGGCGAAGAGAAAGAGAACGAGGAGGCAGUGGAGUUGGAAGGCGGGGAGCAGGGACAGAAGGAGCUCUUCUUUGUGGAGCUUCCAGGAGUAGAGUUCAAAGCAGCCUCUGUUAACAGUCGGAAGGACAAAUCUCUCCGGGUGAUGAGCCAGAAAUUUGUCAUGCUCUUCCUGGUGUCUACUCCUCGUGUGGUCAGUCUGGAUGUGGCUGCAAAGAUCCUGAUUGGAGAGGACCAGUGUGCAGAUCAGGACAAGAACAAGUUCAAGACCAAAGUGCGCCGGCUCUAUGAUAUAGCUAAUGUGCUGCGGAGCCUGAAACUCAUAGAGAAAGUCCACGUGACUGAAGAGAGGGGGAGGAAACCGGCCUUUGAAUGGGUCGGCCUUGUAGAAUUCCCAGAAGUCAAAGACUUGGAGAGCUCCACAUCCGAAUGCCCAUCGAAAAAGAAAAAUGUACUGGAGUCACGUGCGUCUGUAGACAACUGUGCCAAAAACCUCUUUUCAUCGCCCGGGGCUAAACGCAGUUUCACCCGGCACCCCUCCCUCAUAAAGCUGGCAAAGAGCAUUCAGGACGACCGACGCAAGAUCAACUCGGCCCCCAGCAGUCCCAUCAAAAGUGCCCUCAGUGAUUCAUCAAACACUGACUUCCCUAACAAAAUGGCCCAGCUUGCUGCCAUUUGUAAGAUUGAACUCGACCAGGAGUCUGUGACUGGAGCUAAAGAUCCAAAACCUGCUGCUGCUGCUGCUAAUGUAGCUGCUGUGAGGCUAGAGCCAGCCUCUUCUAUUUCAAUGGAACCGCCUCAGGCACCGUUACAAACUCCAACCCAGGAGCCUGGAGUCAACACUACUGUCCACCUCACCCCUCACACCCCACUGGCAGCCCAGCCCGCGGGCUCCGUCGCUUACAUCCCUGCACAGUGUCCACCCCUGAUCCCGGUCCUGUUGCCACAGCAGCGGGGGAGUGGGCCCUACGCUGUGUAUUUGCACCCUUCUUCCCUCAGGCCGAACCCUCUGGCCAAGCCGCAGCCGACCAGCCUCGCUGUGCGCUCCAUGACUUUUGAGGAUAAGACUGGGCAGAGCCCGACAAACCAGUCUGCUGCAAAGAGCCAGCCAGGCCCCGGGGCGUCAGAUGUCAGCCCCCUGGCGCUCAAACGGCUGCGAUCAGAUUCAGCCUCAGAGAACAGCCCCCAUAAAGCCAAGAGGACUGACCCCAACUUUAAGGACACCUCUCCAAAGCUGUGUGAGAUCCUGCAGGCCCGUCUGAAGGCCCGUCGUGGCAAUCUGCUCUCCAGCCGGCCCUCGCCUCGCGCCCUCCACCUCGACCCAGAGUUUGUCAACAGCCCUGGUGGUGCUGUAGCCAGUCAGACACUAGAGCAGAGCUUGGAGACUUUCCUAGACAGAGAGGACAAAACUGUUAACUCAGACAGCGAGGCGGGACUAACGCCAGUCAGAGCUGUACCCCUCACACCGGGACAACUCCACACUGAGACUUUAGUACCGGCCGGAUACCUGAUCCCAAUCUCCCAGCAGUCCCUCAUCAGCUAUAAGGAAAAUCAAGGUUCAGGGGGAGAAAGCAACAAGGCCUCAACACCCACUUACAACAUCUACCAAACACCAACUGCAGGGUCCAGACCUGCCCCAGCCCAGGAGAUUACACCCACCAGCCUUCGCCUACACAGGCCCGCUGCUGCCGCCUCCCCACGCACCCCCCAGCAGGCUCACCAGAUCCACAGCCCCAGUCCUGCCAUCCUCAACUUCACCCUGCAGAACCUGGGUCUGAUCUCAGGCUCCAGUCCAGGAAAUGCCUUUGCUGCCUCCCAGACUCCAGAACGCUGCAACACCCUGCCCAGCCCGCUGCAGGGCCCGCUGGCUCUGCAGCAGAGAGGCAUGGUUUUCAUCAAACCUUUGUCCCCAGUGCCUGUCCAGCAGUCUGUGUCCCAGCAUCCAGUGGCUCUGAUCAGUCUACAACAGCCUCUGAUGACCACCCCCAAAGGGAAUGGGCUCCCUCAGCACAGCUUCUUCCACACGCCAGUCCCCCUCUCGCCUCUGGCUGCCGUGGUAACCACCGGUGGACAACCAGCCACCAAAACUGUUUACAUCCCUCAGAGAAAGCUUGAUGUCACCACUGAGGACUCCUGAAGACCUUGAAGGAAACUCUCUGAUGUCUGAGCUCGUUAUAUGUGUGUGUGGAUGGGUGUUUUUUGUUGUUUUCUCUGUUUAACAUUUCACAGUAUUCAUUACCUCUGAACAUUUAACAGUGGCCUCACUGUGUUCAUUCUUAUCACAGCCAGCUUUAAAAAUAGCUGCCAUGCAGACUGCGGCUGUGGAUGUGGAAAUUAGAUUUCAAACCUAGUUCCCCAGAUACUUAUGAACACUUGUCAGUCAUGCUCAUUGUGAUGCUGGUAGAAACUAUUUUCACAGGGCUAAAUUUUCAUGACCUAAUGGAGACUUGGGUUUCUUGUUUUUUUUUCUUUUGUGUUUGAUUUUUGUUUUAGUUAUUUCUGCCAAUGUUGGUGAUGUGAAUAAAUAUUUGUCCUUGAAAUUACCAAUAGUGAAAGCCACAUCAGUGCUGUAAAGAAUACACCCAGGAUGGAUGUCUUUAACUGAGAUACAAGUUUGAUUGGAAAUAUUGUUGAUCAUUUUGUGGUAGUAAGUAAAACCUAAUGAGAUCACUUUUGCACAUAUGUACAUGUUAACUGUUACCCCCUUAAAAAUGGAAUCGUUGAGAAUAUAUGAAUAUUUGUGAUACAUUCUGAGACUAAUCAGACGCUUUGAUAAGUUUAAUUUAUAAGGAAAUGACUUUUGUUUCUGAUGUCCUGCUAAAUGUAAAAUGCGAAAUAAAUUUUUAAUGUGUUUUUUUUCUAAGAACAUCA